GGUGAAUGGCCCAAACAUGGAAAUUGGGAAGAUUCGAGUGACGAUGGAAGCGGCUUUCAUCUGCAGCUGAAGAUCCACACUCGACACGAAGAACCUUGCGAGCUUUGCAUUCCAUCAUCUACGCUGCUCAUUGCUUUGCACGAUCCAGGGGCACACGAGAACUUGUCAACAUAAACACCAUCGAACAUUGUUCCCAUCAUUACGGAGUACUUUUGGUCACGACGAAUUCCCUGGGCUGUUUUUGUUUACUACACGAAGCUGCCUGGAAAAUCGCCCACGCAUCGACGACACGCGAUCCCACGACUUUUGAGCGCGUCGUCGCAGCUUUGGAUGACGCAGGGUUCUUAGCGGAGGACUACACACUUCAAUCUUCAAAAUGGUAGCUGAGGAUCCGGGGGCUUCAUCCAUCACCGUCGCAGUACGAGUGCGACCCUUCACAAUCCGAGAGGCUGCACAGCUACAUCGCAACGAUGAAGGCACAAUAUUCCUGGGAGAUGGCUCCUUAGCCGCAGCACCCACGCCAAAGCUCAAGCAGAGUGGUAUCAGAUCAGUCAUCAAAGUCGUCGAUGACAGAUGCUUAGUCUUCGACCCGCCCGAGGACAAUCCUGUCCAGAAGUUCUCGAGAUCGGUGGUUCCGAACGGCAAAAAGGUCAAAGAUCAAGUCUUCGCCUUCGAUCGCAUAUUCGACGAGAACGUGACGCAAGCAGAAGUGUACGAAGGAACCACCAAGAAUCUGCUGGACAGCGUCCUCGAUGGCUACAAUGCUACCGUAUUCGCGUACGGCGCUACCGGAUGUGGCAAAACCCACACCAUUACGGGUACUUCGCAAAUGCCCGGCAUUAUCUUCCUCACCAUGCAGGAACUGUUCGAGAAGAUUGCCGACCGCAGCGACGAGAAACACACCGAACUCACACUGUCCUAUCUGGAGAUCUACAACGAGACGAUCCGCGACCUGUUGGUGCCGGGCGGCAGCAAGCAAGGACUGAUGCUCCGGGAGGAUUCCAACCAGGGAGUCAGUGUGGCAGGACUCACGAGCCACCACCCCAAGGACGUCCAAGAGGUCAUGGAUAUGAUCGUGCGAGGAAACGAAUAUCGAACCGUGUCGCCAACGGAGGCGAACGCAACAUCGUCGAGAUCACACGCCGUGCUCCAGAUCAAUAUUGCGCAGAAGGACCGCAACGCCGCUGUCAACGAGCCGCACACCAUGGCCACUCUGAGCAUCAUCGACCUUGCAGGCAGUGAGCGAGCCAGUGCUACCAAGAACCGUGGCGAGCGCCUACUGGAGGGCGCCAAUAUCAACAAGUCGCUGCUCGCUCUUGGAAGCUGCAUCAACGCGCUUUGCGAUGCGCGGAAGAAGAACCACGUGCCCUACCGGAACAGCAAGCUGACCAGAUUGCUCAAGUUCUCGCUCGGGGGAAACUGCAAGACGGUCAUGAUUGUUUGCGUCAGCCCCUCAAGUGCCCAUUUCGACGAGACACAGAAUACGCUGAGAUACGCCAACCGCGCCAAGAAUAUCCAAACCAAGGUCACCAGAAAUGUCUUCAACGUGAACCGACACGUCAAGGACUUCCUGGUCAAGAUCGACGAGCAAAUGGCUCUCAUCAACGAGCUGAAGGCACAACAAAAGAAUGCGGAGAAGCUCUCCUUUGCCAAGUUCCAAAAGCAGCUGGAUAAGAGAGACCUGGCGACGCGCGAGGGUAUUCAGAGAAUUCGCCUCGCCUACGAGAACUCCUCACCCGAGAGGCAAGAGAAGGUCGCCCACAUGAAGAAACUCCGCUGUAUCGAGAGGCGCAUCGGUCUCCUUUCGUCUUGGAUUGCCGCCUUCGACGGCGUCUGCGACACCAAGGAGGAUGAUGAUUGCAUGCCACCGAACUUGGCCGCCUUGCGCAAGACGGCUCAGGGCGUACUGAUAGAGCUCGAGAACAGCCGGCACCAUAUCCAUCAGAAGCUGGAGAAGACGAACUGGGAGCGGGCUAUCGACUCGGCUCUACAGCACAGUAUUAGCCAGCUUCCGACGGGAGCGGGAUAUGCCGACACCGGCGAGAUCUCAACACUGCAGAGAGAAGCCGAGCUGCUCAAGUCUAACUUCACCCGUGAAGCAUACCGCGACGUGUUGGAUCAGGACAAAGCAGGCGAUGCGGGAAUGAUGCAAGCCUUGCUGACCGCCCAAUUCGAGAUCCUCGCGUGUCUUUCGGAGACGAUGAACAUGGACGAGGGGGAGGCUGUUGCCCAUGCGAAAAGAAUCAUUACUCGGCUGCUCGAUGUUGGGUACUCCGCAGCGUCGCACAUUGUGAAGCCCGAGGGUGGCAAGAUGCCAGUGGAGAGAUUUUCUCCAUCCAAACGGGGGACACCCAAGCGCAAGAAGGCUGCAAAUGUUAUGCUCGAAGCUGCGUUGCCCAUCCACAACGCUGCCUUGGCUGCCUUUAAGUCUACCGCGCCUGUCGAAUCAUCUCAAUUGUGUGUCUCCCCAGGCAAGGGGUCACCGCGACGCCGCAAAGCGCUGAACGCGCGGAAAGGUGUCACCUUUUCACCUGUAAAGAAAAAGUCGCCCUCCAAACGCAUGGUCCGAUGGAGGGACGACGAUGGCGAGUCGGGCACGCUGGCCGACUUUGAGAAGACACCCCAGAAGCCCAAAUCCACAUCAGUGCCGAGCUCUCCAGAAAAGAGUUCGUCAGGGAAAAGCUCGCCUGAGGAGACUGUAGCGGUUCCUUCAGACCCAUCCUACCUCGGCAAUGACUCAGCCGAGGACUCAAGUAUCUCGCUCGUCUUACCCGAGACGACAGUGAUUCCUCCCGCGAAGCCUAACAGGUUUCAAGCAGGUUUCUUGUCCAAGGCUCGACCAUCGACUGGCCCGGCCAACGGGUCACCCGUACCGCCGACGCUAUCCCUCAACCUCACAUCUGAUGAAGAGCGCAACAGUCCCUUGCGCAACCUGGAUUUGUCGCGCGCUGCUAAUAUCAGGGCGAUGUUCAGGCGCGUCUCGUCAACACCGCCAAAGGCUUCGUCUCUGCCUCUACCGCUUAACAUGCGUUCUACACCACCCCCAGCGGCAGCGGACGAGAACCAGCCGCCUUCAUCCGACUCGGAAGGAAAUUCCUCCUUAUUCGACACGGAUAAGCUGCGUUCCGCACUGCACGCCACGAAGCGCCGCGACCGGCUAUCGUCUCUGGGCGUGCCUUCGGCAGCCGCCGGUGCCCGGCGCGUGUCGUCCAUUGGCAGUUCUGUCUCGACAAUGAACGGUGCACAGAAAGGUUCCAAUAACUACACCGGUCCUCUGGCCAGCAGCACCAACGGAAUUUCAAGGCUUCGACGGAGCAGCGCGGAGAGGCGUAGGAGCCCACCCAUCAGUUGCAGCCCGCCCGGGGUUGGUGUUAAGGAAGUCAACCGGUCGUUCACGCCGGGGCAGGCGAGACGCAUGGGGUUCGGAGGCAGCGUCAGGGUUAAUGGAAGCCCGAAUGAGCGCGCUCGGGAACGCGAAGCUAGCAUGCCAGUGGGUGGUAUUGCUGGCAAAGGCCGACGUAUCACUAUUGGUGGUGCUGCCAUGGCCGGCAAUGCGCGACGAGAGAGGGCGGCGAUGGGCUGGCGAUAGGCGUCAAGUGUGGAUGCGUCUUGUUGGCGUUGAGGAGAAGAUACCUAUUUUGAGAUUGGGAUGCUGGUUAUACGUACGCCCUUUGGACGGACCCUGGGUGCUUUGGCUUUGCCGAGUCUAGACUUGGAGCUCAUGUCCAUUACUUCAUAGCACUAAUUUUGUGACAGGUGCGCUGGACGGCGUUUAUGUGUGUGUAUUGCUCUUGUAUUAUUAGGCUACGGAGGUAUGAUACUGCAUGAUAACCAGGCGACUAAAUAUGCAUCCA